CGUGCCGUCUCGCUCGCGCACCGCACCGAUGUGCUUCCGCAACUAACGCCAUCGUUGGAGCGAUCUUCUUUUGUCCGUGACCAUUUUGAUCACACAUCGUAAGCAAGAUCUUUUACAGAUCCGUCAGAUUAACCGUGCAUAUACAACAGCAUUGUUUGUAUAUCCAGUCAUCUGGAGGAACGGAGGAUCUCUGCCUACAACAACCCACCCCGUCGUCAUCGUCCUUGGGAGGAUAGUGCCGCGGCAGCAGCAAUCGGAAGAACUCUGCUUCGUUUUUAGCGCCAACCCCCCCGUUGUGCUCUUUUCUCUCUCUCUCUCUGUGUGCGAGCGUUUGAUCGUUCCCCCAAAACCUCAAUCAAAAUGACUGAAAUGGAGGACACUCACUUCGAAACCGCCGACUCCGGCGCGUCCCAGACGUUCCCGAUGCAGUGUUCCGCGCUGCGCAAAAAUGGUCACGUGAUGCUGAAGGGACGGCCCUGCAAGAUUGUGGAAAUGUCCACUUCCAAGACUGGCAAGCACGGUCACGCCAAGGUCCACAUGGUCGGAAUCGACAUCUUCACCGGCAAGAAGUAUGAAGAUAUCUGCCCGUCAACACACAACAUGGACGUCCCGAAUGUAAAGCGCGAGGACUACCAGCUGACCGACAUUGACGAUGGCUUCCUGGUGCUGAUGAGCGACAACGGCGACCUGCGUGAAGAUCUGAAGAUCCCGGACGGUGAAUUGGGUACCCAGCUGCGCUCGGAAUUCGAUUCCGGCAAAGAGAUUGUCUGCACUGUCUUGAAAUCAUGUGGCGAAGAGACUGUGAUUGCCAUUAAAAACAACACCUCAGGUGAUAAAAACUAAUACUUCGUUGCCUGUCUAAACAACAACCACAACAACAAACACAACAACAGCAGCAGCAGCAGCAGCCACAGCAGUAAAAAAGCAGUAAACGACGGUACCAGAAUCAGCCGUAGCAGCAGCAGCAGCAUCAGUAGGCGCCGGCCACACAUAUUACAGCACUUUCUUAUACCACCAUCACCACAACAACAACAGCAACUACUACUACAACUCCUCCUGUUGCCCCAAGCAGCAAGAAGAGCAACAGCAUUCACCACCACCAGCAGCUAGAAUAUAUAAAGAUAAAGAAGAAGGAAAAAACACAAACAAACAAACAAAAAACACAUUAGAAAUACCAUCUCGUCUCUGAGGUUUAAAAAAAAGAACAAUAAAGGAAAAGUUGUUAAACCGACAAAUAACAAACACAGGAAAAGAAAAGAAAAAAUCAGCAAAAUAACAAGGAAGAAAACAAAAAGGCACAGGAAAAGAAAUUGCGAAACAGAUGUGUGAAACAAUGCGGUAGCAGCAAUAACAUCAACAAGCAGAAGAAGAACAACAACAGCAAAAUGCAUGAUGGCACAAGCAGAACACCAGCAACACAUCCCAGCCAGUCCGCUCCCCCGUCACCACCACCCAUGUGUGCUGUGCACCUGGGGGUUUGAAAAGGAAAAAAAAACAAAACAUAGUUAUAUAACAUCGUUUCUAUAUUAAAUGGGGGAAAAAAUGGCGACAUUAACAACCACCAACAACACAACUACGACGGAUUAUAGCCUUUUUCUCCUGAGAGAAACUAGAGAACCACUCUUUCGUUGAGCGCGCCGAAAUUACUACUUUUCCGCCCGUGCGGUUGUGGUCUUCUUUUUACCGUUUUUGAAGACGAAUGUCGUCGCGUGUGGAUUAAUAUCGAGAGAAAGAGAGAGAGAGAGUGAGUGAGCAAAAGGAUUCUUUUACCAUCCAACUAGCGGAGGAGCGAACGCGGCUGAAGAAGAAGAUGUAUAAUCCUCAGAAAAUGGAGAUCCCUUGCCGCGGGGGCGUACAAUUUGGUGCAAACACGACGAUAAUCGAUACCAUUAUUGCAUUUUUUUUUUGUUAGUUUGUUUGUUUUUUCAAACUCUAGAGCAGAAAGAUAGAGACAGAGAAGAGAGGAAGAACACGUUGUAUUUGAAACUGAGAAAUGAGGAAGAAAAUACAAUCCCCCCACUCCGUUUUCCACAGAGAA